AUGAUCAUUGGCUUUGACAAGAGCAGAAUCAAACUGCUCAUUGACAAUGUCAACAAGUCGAAACAUAUUGACAUUGACCUUGUCCACUGCCUUGAGAGACUGAAGGAUCACAUCGCCGCUUGCCCUACAGAGCAAGACAGACAACAUGAGGAUGAUGAACCUGAUCAGACCUUCUCUGACAAUGGUGGAGGUGGUUGUCCGUCCCCAAUCUCCUCACACUCUACCGAUACAACAUUCAUCUCAGCCAACGUUCACAAGCCCAAGGUUGACAACAUCAAGAAUCUGGUGCAAAAGGAUCAACAUCAACAACGACAACAGCCACAACAUCAACAGCAGAUCGAUGUCAUUAUGAAUGAUAGUUUGGACGAUCCCUCAAUAUCUGACCAUCAUGACUAG